CGCACCAGCAGCGGUACCGCCAUGGUGCCUCGGCUCCGACGCCCGCUUUCGCUUUCGCUUCCCGCGGUUCCCCGCCCCGGGCCCCGUUCAUCCGGAGAGCGGCGGCGGCGCUGAGUUAAUGGGCAGCUACCAGAGCCAACAAUCAGAGCCAACAGAUCAGACCCCAGAAGACAAGAGCGGUCCAGGGCCAAGAAUGGAUGAGGGCAGCGUGACGAUUCCCAUCAGUAAAGAUACUUACAAAGUUCUUAAGAAAAGAGAGAACAGUCUACAUCAUCUCGUUCACAAAAAGUUUGCUUGUACAAUGACCUGCACAAAAUGCGCUGCUGAAGUCUACAGAAAAACCUUAAAGCAGGGAAUUCACCUGUCGGUCUGUAAGGAUGAUCUCACAAGACACAAGGCCGAUGCUGUGGUGAAUGCAGCCAAUGAAAACCUAGAGCAUAUCGGAGGUCUUGCUUUAGCUCUUGUGAAUGCCGGAGGGCCAGAAAUAGCAGAGGAAAGCAGAAAUCUUAUUAGAAAAUAUGGAAGAGUCACAACUGGCAACAUAGCAGUGACAGGUGGAGGGAAGCUGCCAUGUAAGAAAAUUAUCCACGCGGUUGGUCCGAGGUGGUACCCAUCCGAGAAGGAUAAAUGUUGCAUUCUACUUGAGGAGGCUGUUGUGAAUGUUCUGAAAUACGCUAGUGAUCCAAAGAACAACAUCAAGUCUGUGGCUAUCCCAGCAAUGAGCUCAGGUCUUUUUGGCUUCCCACUCAACCUGUGCGCUCAAGUGAUUGUGAUGUCUAUAAAGCUAUUUGUUGAGACCAUGCCAAGCUGCCUCAAGGAGAUCCGUCUGGUGAACAUUUGUGAGCAUACGGUAGCAGAAAUAAAAAGGGCCUGUGAGAUGUUUCUGGGUGAAGGCAGCUCACCGCAGGACGCUGUUCCAGCUUCACUAAGCCAGCCUGUACCUGUCAUCAUGCACGGAAAUAUUCGACUGCGUAUCAUAAAAGGACACAUUGAAGAGCAAAGGACUACAGCUAUUGUCAGCUCUGUGUCUUCGGAUGGCAAGUUUUGCUCUCAGAUUUCAACUCCAAUGCUGCAGAAAGCAGGUCCAGCUCUUGAGAAGGAAAUUCUGUCUCAGCUGAAGCAUGUCUUUUAUUAUAAGGAGUUAAUAAUAACAAAAGGGUAUAACCUACCCUGUGAGUUCGUGCUUCACGUCAUAUGGCCGCAAUACAACCACAGGGUGCUACAGAGUGAGCAAUUAAAGGAGGUGGUCAACAAUUGCCUGUGUUUCGUUCGGGAUUAUCCAUCGCCCUCAAUUUCUUUUCCAGAAAAGAACUGGUCAUUAGCGCUGCCUGAGGCUAUGGUGGCAGAGACCAUGAUUGAAGAGGUUUUAGAGUUUGCCAGGAAAAACCCCAAGAAGAAAAUAGAUGUGCAGUUUGUCCUUUGCCCAGAUGACGAUGCUACCUAUCAGGUUUUCCAAGAAAAAAUGAAUUUAGCAGCACGCAAACUGGAGAAAGAGCAGCAUAACAACAGAAGUGAUCAUUUGAGUACAGAGUCAAGCAGUCAAGGCAUAAAGGAGACUACAGAUAAUGAAGUGGCUAUUGAACUUAAGGGGAGGACACAUUUUGCAUUGAAAGCAGCAGAACUGUGGAUCCAAAGUUUGAUACAAACUCAGGAAAGUCACUCUGCUCUUAUUGAAAACAACUUCAUUUUUAGCCUUGGUACAAAGGAAUAUGCGGAACUAUCUCAAAUGAAACAUUCUAGUGUAACUGUGUCAGAAAAAGUGAAAGAUGGGAAAGCAAGCCUGGAAUUCCACGGACCCCCUGAGGCUGUGAUAGAUGCAGUGCUUGCAACUGAAAAACUACUGCUUUUUAUGCAAGAGCAUACUACAGCCAAACAAGAGGAACUGCUGCAAUUAAUGGGCCAACCAGAAGCAGAUCAGCUUUCAAGACACCUUCACACGACAAACACUACUGGACAGUUCCAAAUGUUACAGGAAGACUCGCACCUUCAGGCAUUUAAGGACAGACAGAAAGAGUUUGAAAGAGCUGGGCUUCGCAUCCUUAAGAUUGAAAGAAUACACAAUCCCCUUCUAUCUGCUGCAUUCCAACAAAUGAAAAAAAAUCUAGAAGAAAAAGGAGUUACCUCCAAAAGAACUCACAGGUUAUACCAGCGUGUUCCUGCUCAGUUCUGUAGCUUGGUAUGCCAAACUGGAUUUCACAGAAUAUAUUCUCCACCAGCAGAUCAAAGAUACGGAGCUGGCAUCUACUUUAAAAGGAACCCCAACAGCCUACUUGAGGAUAAAGGGAAGAAGGAAACAGACUCUAAAAUCUACGUGUUUGAGGCUGAUGUAUUAACAGGGUUAUAUACUAAAGGCAAGCAGUCUUACAUUAUGCCACCAGCAGUGGAAGGAGAUGCCAGUACGCUAUAUGACAGCUUAGUAGAUGAUGUAAGGAAUCCUGACAUCUUUGUCAUUUGCAACAGUCUUCAGGCCCUUCCAUAUUAUUUGCUGACUUGCUCCCCGGUGAAGGAGAGGCCCAUGGACCUCUGAGGAAACCAGCAGCUUCCUGAGGAAAAAUUAGUCAGAACUGUAGCUGUUGGGAACCCCCUCCCUCAGAACAAGCUCUAGUACUUAAGAUUUCAAGAGGGUGCUCUGCCUGCUAACACGCUGUGAUCUAAAGGCCUCUUGGCAGCUCUGAAACAGCCUUGAGGAAAAGUAAGCUGAUAACAUUAAGGAGAUUAGAACAAAGCGAUCUCGAAUUAAAAACGAAUGGAAAGCAUCAUAGAAUAGUUUAAAAUACUUUAUAUGCCUUAUAGUAUUCUUAGCACGUGACUAUACAUUAUACAUUUGCAUUUUCUUUCUUUCAUUACACUGUCUUAAUCUAAGGUAUUGCAUAUAGUUUUGAAACCCAAGAAAUCAAGGUUGGUUUGAUUCUUACAUUUGUGAAUGCAUCGUGACGUGUGAAUGCAGCAGGUGAAUGCUGUUUUCCACCUCAGGAUUUGCUGUUCAGUAAAGUUAUGACAAACGUGUGGCAAUUCUUCAAGAUUUCUAACAGCAGCUGUUAUUAGUUUUUAUCAGUUAAGAGAUUUGAAGCAGUACAGAUUCACGUAUUCAAAAUAAAGAGUACAAAUAAUA